AUGGGCUUUGGUGGAGGGCGUGGGGCAGCACCCGCAGGUCUAAAUCGGGGUGGGGUGUUGGGUCCUUCCGGGCUUCACAAGAAGGGUUCCCGACUCCCUUGCUGUGAAUGGCACAGCUCACACAGUCAUGCAGCUUCACAUACAGCUUGGGAAGCACAUAGGGGUCAAAGACACUGGCUUCGGAGAUGCCAUGGCCUCUACUGUGUUUCGAAUGACAAACUUCUUAAUGGCCUUGUCCUUGGGCACGUACUGGGCGCAGGUGGUGCCAUGAACAGGCUGCACAUGGCCUCGGCCUUUUUUGGCACAACUGUCAUUCCUUCUUUUCUUGGGCAUCUUGGAAACGAGGACCCGAGAGAGUUAGAAGACUUUUAA